UUUUCGCUAUUAUAUUUGUAAACUCGGGUUAGUUAUUUAUAAUAAUUUACAAAAGGGUCCUCGGAAUCUCGAUCCGGCUAUAAAUAUAUCAGUUUCAGCUCUUAGUUUUUGACUUUUCUCUCUCUCCAUUUGAUUUCACUCUUUUCCGAUCCAUAUUUCCAUUUCAGUCGCUUAGGGUUUAUCAUUCUACCGUUAAAUCCAUAAACCCCCAAUUUCGUUUCCCCCCAAAAUUGUUUUCUUCACAGUGGAAACCCUAGGGUGGUGAUUUUUUUUCUCUCUCUCUCUCUAGGGUUUUAUCUCCAUCCAUUUCAAUUUCAGCUGGUUUUCUAGGGUUUUUUUCUUUUCUGGAAUCAUACAGUGGUGUUUUAAAUGAUUCAUUGAUUUUGUGAUUUUUAUGGUGGCGGUUUUCGGAAUUCGUAAUUUGAAUGUUAUUAGGAUUUGUGAAGCGUAGAAGCCCUAAAUGAUUCUUGAAUCUGAACAUGAGCGAUGGAGGUGAAGCUGAAGGUAAGAGAUAUGAACACAAUAAACCAUUUAUUCGCUCCGGUGCUAAUAAUUACGGCCGAUCAAUUUCGAGAAUUGCAGUGUCUCAAUUAUGCGAGAGCGUUGGGUUCGAGGGAUUCAACGAGUCGGCUCUUGAUUCGCUCGCUGACAUUGCGAUUAGGUACCUCUGCGAUGUGGGUAAAACCUCAAAAUAUUAUGCAAAUGUAGCUGGUAGGACUGAGUGCAAUGUGUUUGACAUUGUUCAAGGGUUAGAAGACUUGGGCAUGCCACAAGGGUUUUCAGGUGCUUCGAAGAUUCAUACCGACUGUAUAGUGAGUUCGGGUGCUAUAAGAGAGAUUAAGGAGUACGUUGAGACGGCUGAUGAGAUACCAUUUGCUCAACCAGUGCCUCGAUUUCCCGUGAUUAGGGAACAUAGGAUGAUACCUAGUUUCUCGCAAAUGGGCGAGACACCGGUCUCUAAGCACAUACCACCAUGGUUGCCUGCAUUUCCAGAUCCUCACACGUAUAUAAGAACACCCGUUUGGAAUGAGAGGGUUUCUGAUGCUCGUGCGGAUAAGAUUGAGCUAGCGAGGCAGAAUAGGAAGGCAGAAAGGUCUUUAUUAAGUUUGCAGCAAAGGCUAGUGUGUAAUGGUUCAUCAGUGGCUACAACUUCUGCUGAACCAUAUGAGAAUGGAAACGAGUUGAAAACGGAGAACCCGUUUCUGGCUAAUCCCUUACAAGCUGGUGAGAGAGUCGUGUCCCAGGUUAAUCUGCCAGCAAGGCUUUCUGGUAAGAAACACACUGAAAAGCAUGUAUCUUUGUUGGAGACGUUUGCUCCAGCCAUUGAAGCUAUGAAGGAUGGGCUCGAUUCUGGAAGUGAUGGGGAAAAGAUUCUUCCGGAGAAAAGGGAUUCUGUAUUUUUGGAUUUCAGGCGGGGUAAAAAGGUAUUUGGUGAACCGUUGGAUUUGAGGAUUCGGAACAAGGCCUAUGGUAAAACAGCAGCAUGGUUUGGGCGGGAGGAUGAGAAAGACGACAAGAAGAGGAGAGUGGAGUUUAUACUACGGCAAUCUUUGGAAAACCAGCACGAGCUUCCUCAGAUGUAAAUUUGUAAUACCUUGAGUGACAUAUGAAUGACUGAUUUUCAGGAAAUAGAUGUUGAUUAGGUUUAGUCAAUUGCUAAAACCAUACUGUAGUGUUGUGAAUGUGAUGCUAAUCCAUUUAGGUACGGACCCAGUUUUAAGGCAUUUUUUUCGAGA